GUAGGUUUUAAAGAGAUGAGCACUGGGCAGGGUCUUCUUCCCAGAGACAGGGUGUGUGGAGGGCCGGAUUAGUCAGGCUAAAUUUGGUCUGGAGCAGGUUGCUGCUCCAGCGUGCCUCGAUCAAAAACAAAGCCAAUCAGAGGAGAGAGCGGAGGAGAAGCCGCCCUAGCCUUCCAUUGGAGGGAGGCUCAGCAUGAUUCCCAUUCCCUCUCCCGAAGCUUCUAAGAGCUGCAGGCCGCCUCUGGGGAGAGGAGGCUUUCUCCUGCUGCCUGAAGUUGGUGUAAGGGGCUUCAAGAACGCAGCUCUCCUGCGUGGGCACCCCACCGGCGUGAGCCUCCAGAACGCAAGAGCGUGUUCCGGUCCCUCUCGCCUGGAUGGAUUACACCCUGGAGCCCAACGUCACAAUAACUGACUACUACCCCGACCUCUUCACCACCCCCUGCGACCCAGAGCUCCUUCUGGGACGCGGCACGCUGACCCUGGCCGUCCUGUACUGCGUCCUGUUCGUGCUGGGCCUCCUGGGAAACAGCCUGGUCGUGCUGGUCCUGGUGGCCUGCAAGAAACUGCGGAGCAUCACAGACGUCUACCUGCUGAACCUGGCCGUCUCCGACCUGCUCUUCGUGUUCUCCUUCCCGUUCCAGACCCACCACCUGCUGGACCAGUGGGUGUUCGGGACCGCCGUGUGCAAGGUGGUCUCUGGCCUGUACUAUGUGGGCUUUUUCAGCAGCAUGUUCUUCGUCACCCUCAUGAGCGUGGACAGGUACCUGGCCAUCGUGCACGCGGUCCAUGCCAUGAGGGUGAGGACGGCCAGGGUGGGCGCGGCCCUGAGCCUGGCGGUGUGGCUGGUCGCCGUGGCGGCCGCCGCCCCGCUGCUGGUGUUCUACCGAGUGUCCUCCGAGGACGGCCUCCUGCAGUGCUUCCUGUUCUUCAGGGAGGAGUCCCUGCGCUGGAAGCUCUUCGCCCACUUGGAGGUGAACGUGCUGGGCCUCCUGCUGCCCUUCGCCGUCCUUCUGUUCUGCUACGCCAGGAUCCUGCGCCAGCUGCGGGGCUGCGUGACGCGCAACCGGACCAGGGCCAUCAAGCUCGUGCUGGCCGUGGUGGCCGCGGCCCUGCUCUUCUGGGUCCCCUUCAACGUGGCGCUCUUCCUCCAGUCCCUGCACGACAUGCGCGUCCUGGGAGGCUGCGCCGUGAGGCAGAGGCUGGCCCUGGCCACCCACGUCACGGAAGUCAUCUCUCUCGCACACUGCUGCGUGAACCCUGUCAUCUACGCGUUCAUAGGGGAGAGGUUCAAGAAGCACCUCACGGACGUGUUUCAGAAGAGCUGCAGCCAUGCCCUCCUCCACCUGGGGCUGCGGGUGCCCGCGGGGCCGUGGGAGGGGCCCCCGUCCUCACAGCAGCGCUCUUCCCACUCCUCCACCCAGGACUGCAUCCUGUAGGGAGGGUGUGCCGUCGGGCAGCCUCCUCCCGCAUCGCCCUUCCUCCUCCUCCUCCUCCUCCCCCUUCCUCUCCGCCACACACUUCUCCAAGACAAGAGUCUCACUGUGUAGCCCAGCCUGGAUUUGUACCCUCAGUCCUCUGCCUCAGCCCCCUGAAUGCUGGGCCAGCACCACUCCUCUUCUUUGUUUUGUUUUGUUUUUUGUUUUUCAGGGUUUCUCUGUGUAGCCUUGGCUGUCCUGUCACUUUGUAAACCAGGCUGGCUUCAAACUCACAGAGAUCUGCCUGC